AGUCAUUUGUGAUUGAAACGAACAUUAUAAAACGUUGACAGAAUUAAUCGAAAUAAUCUUCGAAAUGCGACGAUUUUUUUAUUAAUAUUUUAACAUAUAUGGUGAGUUGUGAUAAUAAAUUAAAACGAUUUAUUAACAUCGUUAAGAAUGGCUAAAAUAAAUUUCACAGUGAAUGGAGAACGAAUUUCUUUAUCGGGUUUGGAUGUCUCGCCAACGACCUCCCUGAACAGCUACCUUCGCAACCAUUUAGGGAUGCAUGGCACCAAAGCCAUGUGUCAUGAAGGUGGCUGCGGCGCUUGUGUGGUCUCUGUAGCCGUCUCUCAUCCUGGAACCAAGGAGAAGCAGGAGUUUGCUGUGAAUUCUUGUCUUGUCCACGUGUUGUCUUGUCACCGGUGGGAUAUUACAACUAUAGAGGGAGUGGGGAACCGCAAGGAUGGAUAUCAUCCUAUCCAGAGCCGGUUGGCAGCCUUCAACGGAACCCAGUGUGGGUAUUGCACUCCUGGAUGGGUGAUGAAUAUGUACAGCCUCUCCAAGAAAAAAGACAAAUUAACAAUGAAGGACGUGGAACGUUCGUUCGGAGGGAACAUCUGCCGCUGUACAGGAUACCGGCCUAUUUUGGACGCCUUUAAGAGUUUUGCGACUGACGUCAGUGAUGGGUUGAAAGAGAAGCUCCAGGACUUGGAGGAUUUAGACAAAACCAAAUGCAAGAGCAAAUGUGAAGGUAAAUGUUCGGUUGAAGAUGAGUGGAGUUUCAUAGAGAAAGAGGAAGAAACGCUGUUAAAUGUAGGCGGUUUAAAUAGAUGGUUCAAAGUAUAUUCAAUACAGGAUGUAUUUAAUGUGUUGAGUAAAGAAGGUUCGGAUAGUUACAGACUUGUUGCUGGAAAUACUGGAAAAGGAGUCUACCCAAAUACCAAAGAACCGCGGAUUUAUAUCGACAUAUCAUCAGUAUCAAGUCUCAGGGACACCUUCAAGGAUGAAAACCUGAUCAUCGGUGCAGGGAUGUCGCUCACUGAACUCAUGAAGACCUGUCAGAAUCGCUCCAGCGCUAACCAGGACUUCUCUUACUUAAAACAGUUCUGGAAACAUCUUGACUUGGUUGCGCAUGUUCCUGUCAGAAAUAUUGGAACGAUCGGCGGCAACUUGGCAUUGAAGAAUUCUCAGCAUGAAUUUCCAUCGGAUUUGUUCCUGUUGUUUGAAACUGUGGGAGCUUUUGUUACUAUCGUUGACAGCAAACUGAAGAAGACACGCAUGAAUAUGGAAGACUUUCUCAAAACGGAUCUUGCAAACAAAUUGAUCAUUAAUGUUAUGCUUCCACCGCUGUCGGAGAGGAACUUAAUGAAGACAUACAAGGUUAUGGCGCGCGCUCAAAACACACACGCCAUAGUGAACGCUGGUUUUCUAUUUAAAGUAAAAAAUAAUAACAUUGUGGAGACUUCUAAUAUAGUGUUUGGUAAUAUUGCACCAAGCUUCGUGCAUGCUUCUGACACAGAAAAUAUGUUAGUAGGGCAGGAAUUAUUUAAGGAAGAAACUUUAAGAGCGGCACUGAUGAAGCUAAAGCAGGAACUUGUGCCAGAAGAUAGUCCUCCAGAGCCCUCUGGUGAAUGUAGGAAGAACUUGGCUUUGGGAUUGUUUUAUAAAGCAAUAUUAUCACUGUGCCCAUCAGUAAGUCCCAGGUAUAAGUCUGGUGGCACUGUACUAACGCGGCGUGUAUCAGUCGGGACUCAAACCUAUGAUACAGAUAAGUCCUUGUGGCCUUUAAACCAGCCAGUCGUCAAACUGGAAGCUUUGUCACAAUGUUCAGGCGAGGCUCGAUACUCGUGUGACAGGUAUUCGAUGCCCAGAGACGUACAUGUUGCAUUCGUGUUGUCCGACAUUUGUUUGGGUGAGAUCGUGUCAUUUGACGCCAGCGAGGCAUUGAAAAUUCCUGGAGUAGUUGCAUUCUUCACAGCUAAAGAUAUACCAGGGCGAAACACUUUUACCCCACUCGAGUUACCUGCUCAAGAAUCUGAAGAAGAAAUUCUGGCGACCAAGAAGAUUUCUUACUACGGACAGCCCGUAGCAUUGAUAGUUGCUGUGGAUCAGACCUUGGCUGUUCAGGCCAGUAGUCUGGUCAAAGUGGCUUAUAAGAAGUCAAAAGCCAAACCAGUUCUAAGUGUUACUGAUGCUCUGAAGUCACCGGACAAGGCUAAAAGGAUUCGUGAAGACGCUAAUGUUACAGCGACAGACAGAGGAACAGACAUUACCAAAGUACUGAAAGGAAAUUUCUAUGUGCCCGACCAAUACCAUUAUACUCUAGAGACUCAGAGCUGUACCGUCAGCAACACACGCCGCGGGCUGGUGGUACGGUCAGCAACACAGUGGAUGGAUGCAGUUCAAGUCGCCGUCGCGAAGAGUUUGAACAUGCCCUCGAACAGCAUUACAGUGGAGGUCAGUCGAGUUGGUGGUGCUUACGGAGGCAAGGCGUCUCGUUCUGCGCUGGUCGCGUGCGCAUGCGCUCUGGUGGCCCACAAGCUCAACAAAACCGCGUCUCUGGUGAUGCCUCUAACGCACAACAUGGCUGUCAUCGGGAAGCGAAAUCCGUGCUACACUGAUUAUGAGAUCGGUAUCAACAAUGAAGGUGUCAUCCAGUAUGUAGAUCUCUCUUACUACUCCGAUUGUGGUUGUUCCUACAACGACACGUCUGCUGGCAACAUCGCUGGCUUCAUGGCCAACUUGUAUGACACCUCCAGGUGGAGUAUCAAGGGCUACGGCGUCCUUACUGACAAGUCCAGUAAUACGUGGUGCAGAUCUCCUGGUACUGCAGAAGCCACUGCCAUAGCAGAACAUAUCAUGGAACGAAUAACAUUCGCUGUUCAGCAGGAUUCACUAGACAUCAGAAUGCAGAACAUAUCAUCCAAUAAUAAUGCCAUGAAAGACAUGAUCGAUACAUUCAAAUUUGAAAUCAAUUAUGAUAGCCGUAAAGUUGAAAUCGAGAAAUAUAAUCAAGAGAAUGCUUGGAAGAAGAAAGCUUUGAAGAUAACUUUGAUGGCGUAUCCCAUAGAGUAUUAUGGUAAUUUCUCCGUUUCAAUAUCAGUGUACCAUGCAGAUGGAACAGUCUUAAUAUCCCAUGGAGGGAUUGAGAUGGGCCAGGGUAUUAAUACAAAAAUAGCACAAGUUUGUGCUCAUGCUUUGAAAAUUCCCAUGGAUUUGGUGAAGGUUAAAGGGGCCGAUAGUUUUGUGUCUCCGAACGCGAUGGGAAGCAGUGGAAGUAUUUCGAGCGAGAGCGUGGCAUUCGCGACGGUGAAGGCCUGUGAUGAGCUGAUGCAGAGAUUAGAACCGUUAAGGCGGGAAUUGGAUGAGCCCACGUGGUUAAAUAUCAUCCAUAAGGCUUACGGUGCAGGGGUAAAUCUACAAGUGUAUGCAAUGACGUCACAGCUCGACUCCCUGCAAAACUACUCCGUGUAUGGCAUAUGUGCUGCGGAGACUUGGCUAGAUGUGCUCACUGGAAACCAUGUGGUGGUUCAAGUAGAACUCAAUGAAGAUACAGGACAGAGCUUGAGUCCAGCGAUCGAUGUAGGCCAGAUAGAAGGUGCAUUCAUCAUGGGUCUAGGGUUGUGGACAUCUGAACGACUGGUGUAUGCGCCAUCAGGUCGUCUGCUGACUGAUCGAACGUGGACGUACAAGCCACCAGGAGCUAACGACAUCCCCGAGGACUUCAGGGUGGUGUUUCGACGAAACUCUUACAAUAAUAAAGGAGUUUUGAGAUCUAAAGCGACCGGUGAACCAGCACUAGUGUUGGCUGUUGCCGUGGCCUUUGCACUUCACGAUUGUAUCUACGAGGCUCGCAAGGAGUACGGACAUUCGGACACCGAAUGGGUCCGUAUUGAUGCACCGUACUGUGUCGAAAACAUUAUUAAGGGGAUGUCGCCAAACAUAGAGAGCUACAAACUGUAGUAAUAUAUAAGUUAUGAAGUAUACAUAGUUUCAAUAAACACAAGGAAUUGGAAACCGAUGGAAAAUUCGAACCAUUUAAUGUUUAAGUACUUACAUAUAGAACUUAAGUUUUGUUUUGUGGUAUAUUUAAUCACUAUUUCACGUUUUCUGGUUAUUAAAUCAACAUUCGACAACGGAAGUCGUCCACUGCUGGACAAAGGCCUCUCCUAAAGAUUUAAAGGUCCUGCGCUGCCCUCAUCCAACGUAUUCCGGCGAUCUUGACCAGAUCGUCGGUCCAUCCUGUGGGGGGCCUACCAACACUGCGUCUUCCUGUACGUGGUCGCCAUUCGAGGACUUUACUGCCCUAACGGCCAUAUUCCGUCGAACUAUGUGCCCUGCUCACUGCUACUUCAGUUUCGCAAUCAUUUGGGCUAUGUCGGUAACUUUUGUUCUACGGAUUUCUUCAUUUCUUAUUUGAUCUCGCAGGGUAACUCUGAGCCUAACCCUCUCCAUUGCCCUCUUUUUUUAAUGAAAUUAAGGGACGAGACGAGCAGGACGUUCAGCUGAUGGUAACUGAUACGUCCUACCCAUUACAAUGCAGUGCCGCUCAGGAUUCUUGAAAAACCCAAAAAUUCUGAGCGGCACUACAAUUGCGCUCGUCACCUUGAGACAUAAGAUGUUAAAUCUCAUUUGCCCAGUAAUUUCACUAGCUACGGGGCCCUUCAGACCGAAACACAGUAAUGUUUACACAUUACUGUUUCACGGCAGAAAUAGGCGCCGUUGUGGUACCCAUAAUCUAGCCGGCAUCCUGUGCAAAGGAGCCUCCCACUGAGUGACCAUUAGCUUUCUCAUAAGGCUCAUAGUUAGUAACCACGUCUGUGUACCGUAAGUCAUCACUGGCAACACACACUGGUUAUUAAAUAUAAAUAUUUAAAUAGGUUUUAUUCGCGAUUACUCUGUGCUGUUACCAACUAGUUUCAGAAGUCCUUCAUCAGAGUGAUUUUAGUGAGCAUGUAUGUGAUAUCUGGUCACUUCGGGUUUGCAAGAAAUUAAGGCCGCUAGUCUAUUUCAAUGGCUUUCAAAAGCUGGUAAUUGUAUCCUAUCGUUGACUUUUCUGUCCCAAUAAACAUAUCGACGGUAACUCACCUUAUCCGUACACGCUGUCUGUCAAUGGGAGGACGUAUAGCUUACCAGCGAUAGAAGUUUGUAUGGAAAUUUCAAUUCACGUGUCGCAAUAUAAGGCGGUAUGACUUAUCGGGUAUAUUGGGACAGCUUCAGAUUAUUGACAGCUAAUUACUGACAGUAUAAGGUAGUAAUUUAUCUCUAUCUGUAGAUAGUACAUUGGGAACGGCCGUAAAGGCGAUUUAAAUAUAUAUAGUUAAUAAUGUCUCACGAAAAUUUUAAUACUUAAUUUUUUGGUUAUGAUUGAUCACUAUAAAGAGUUCGUAAAUAUAAACCGGUUAAGAUCGGUUUAUCUACCUCUCUUAAUCUCAGAGUCAUUCGACAGCAAAUUUUUAAUUUUUUUUUGUAUAUAAUAUACUUCACCACAUGGUCGCAGGAGUCGAGCGUACUGUUUUGUAGUAUGCUUAAAAUGUGGUCUAAAUAUCUAAUAGAAAGUAAUAAGUAUUUUAGGAAAGAAUAGCAUAUUUUAUUAUAGAAAAGAAUAGCAUAUUUUAAGCGUCUAACUAGACGUCGCGGUCGCGUCGAGACAACAUUGUAGUUGACCCACUAGUAUUACACGUCAUAAUGUUAGUCGCGUUCAACUCUCAGGUUGUGGCUUCAUUCUGAGAGUUGAACAAUACAUACAAGAUUUAUCAACGCUACGUCACUCGAACGGUUGGCUCAGUUGGAAGAGCACUCCCACGGAACGCGAGAGGUCGCGGGUUCAAGCCCCGAAUCGUUCAUAAAUUUUGUUUUCAAAUUUUAUUUGUGUAAUUAAUCCCAGAAGUGAGGGUUAUCACUUAAAAAAACAACAAAUUGUAGAUAAAGAUAAAGUAGACUUGCAUAUGUUUAUUUUUUUAUAUUUUAUUUACGAUCGCUUAAGUCGCCUAUAUUAUAUAUUUAUAUACUUA